AUGUGUGACUUUAUCUUAUUUAACUAUCCCGAAAUGCUGCCUUUUGUUGACAGUUAUGGAUGGAAUUCAGCUCAUUGGGCAGCGAAAGGAGGGAAUGUGAAAGUUUUACAACUACUUAUAAAAAAGGGAAUAUCCGCAAAUACGAUCACAGACAAUGAAUUAAGUAUACUUCAUAUAGCAUGUAACAAUGCUAAGUAUGAGAUGUGUCAUUACAUUCUCUCAGAAUUUCCAGACUUAUUGCCUCUAGUUAAUAAAGAUGGAUGGAAUGCUGCACAUUGUGCUGCUUAUGGGGGAAGUAUUAAGAUUCUAAAACUUCUGAUGGAAAAGGGAGUAUCAGUGAAUCACUUAACGAAUUCUAAAAUGACUGUUCUUCAUUUGGCAUGUGCAGGGGCCAAACAGGAAAUGAGUCAAUACAUUAUAACCGAGUUUCCAGAUUUGUUGUGUUUUUGUGAUAAGGAUGGAUUGAAUGCUUUACAUUAUGCUGCAAUAGGAGGAAAUGUCAAAAUUUUCAAUCUUCUUCUGGAAAAAGGUUUGCCAUCCGAUCAAGAAACUAUUGAUAAAAUGAAUAUUCUUCAUUUUGCAUGUGAAAGAGGUCAAUACAAAAUGUUUCAAUACAUUUUAACAAAGUUUCCGUAUAUGCUGCAUUUAUAUAAUAAGGAUGGAUUAAAUGCAUUGCAUUAUGCUGCAAAAGGAGGAAAUCUAAAGAUUGUACAAUCAAUUUUAAGAAAAAAUAUUUCAGAAAACAGCACCACCGAUAACUAUUUAAUUUAUUUAGCAUGUAUUAAUGCCAAAUAUGAAAUGUGUCAAUAUCUUUCAGCAGAAUAUCCAAAAAUGCUGUUGUUUGUUGAUGAAGAUGGAUGCAAUUUUGCACAUUGUGCUGCAUUUGGAGGAAAUAUCAAGAUUCUACGGUUGCUUUUGUUAAAUGGAAUUCUAGCAAGUCAUACUACGAGAAACAAUAAGACUAUACUUCAUUUUGCAUGUUUGUACGGAAGAUCACCAAUGUGCCAGUUCAUUUUGACGAAGUUCCCAGACAUGGUGGAAAUGGUUGACGAGAAAGUUUGGAAUGCUGCACAUUUUGCAGUAAAUGGAGGGCAUGUCAAUAUUCUGAGGUUACUUAUCCAAUACAAAGUGCACGUGAAAGCAGCUACCACGGCUAAAUUGAUCAUUCGUCAUAUUGCAUGUGAAAACAACCACUACAAAAUGUGUCAAUUUAUUUUAUCAAACUUUCCAGAAUUACUGCAUUUAGUUGAUGAAGAUGGAUGGAAUGCAGGGCAUUGUGCUGCAAUGGGAGGGAAUGUAGAGAUUCUAAAGCUACUUGUAAAUGCAGGAUUACAGCCAAAGCAACGCACACAUACUAAAUCAACAAUACUCCAUAUCUCAUGUGUGAAUGUCCAGUAUGAGAUAUGCAAAUAUAUUUUGUCUGAAUUUCCAGACAUGAUUAUUUAUGUCGAUGAGAGGGGAUGGAAUGCUGCACAUCUUACCGUAUUUGAGAAAAAUGUAGAAAUUUUACGGCUACUCAUAGAAAGAGAAUUAUUUGCAAAGCAAUCUACUAGUUCACAAUUAAAUGAUAGAUCCUUAGAAGCAAAGACUGAAAUUUCAAAAUAUAUUCUUUCAAAAUAG